CCCUCUCAUUCAUCCAAUGGGAGGGAGGGUGAGGGACAGAGCUGAAGGGAUUGGCAACAGGUUUCACUGCACUGGCCCACAUACUUCAUCUAACAAACAGCUCUUUCUUUAAUUCACAUGGAGAAAUUUGUCAGUUAACGGUCAGUUUUUAUUUUGGUGGAUUUAUUUGCUUCUUCAUUUGGAAUAAUAAUAAAGAUGAUUAAGACCAUGUUUGAACAUGCAAAGAAACAUCCUGGGUUAAUCCCUCAAUUUUUCUUCCUGACUCUGGGCAUCACAGGGGCCACCUUCUAUCUGAUCCGCCUGGCAAGAGGACCUCAUGUCACCCUGUGGGACAAGAAGAACAACCCAGAGCCCUGGAACAGGCUCGACCCAACCUACCAGUACAAGUUUGUGGCCGUCAACACGGACUACAAGAACCUGAAGAAAGAUGGCCCUGACUUCUAAAGGUCCUCCAGGCAACUCCAGGGGCACCAAGUUUGGCAGGACCUCCUGCUGUCGCCUCAGUGAUGUGAAACGUCAUCCUGAACAUUUCCUUAGUCUCACCUCCACGGCAACAGCUCUGAAUUAACACUCUAACCCUGUGGGUAAAACUAUUAAAGAUAACAUGAGACAGAA